AGUCACAUAUGGCACAUCAGCUCCACAGGUGCUGCCAUAUCGACAGCGCGCCAUUCCGCGCCACAUUCACUGCUGUGGCGCGACUCCCUCUCUUUUCGCGCGCGUGUCGACGUUGCGUCGCGCCGGUCGGCGUUGCAGUGUUAAUUUUGUUGGGAGAUACAUCGUUUUGAGUCUCCCUAGGCCAUGGGAAUGGCGGACGACGCCCAGUUUCAACAGAUCCUCGGCGGACUUCUCAGUGAAGAAAAUGAAAUCCGAACCCAGGCUGAGAGCACAUAUGAGCAGAUAGCUCUGCCGCAGAAGAUAUCGCUGCUGCUGGGAUGUCUGCUGAACGCCGCGGCCGGCGAGAAGUACCGCGAAAUGUCGGCCGUGCUGCUGCGCCGGCUGCUCUUCGCCAAAUGGGAGGAGUUCUACCCAAACCUGCCGGUGGAGGCGCAGACCCAGCUGAAGGAGCAGCUGCUGUCGGCCAUCCUGCAGGAGCAGUCCGAGUCGAUACGCAAGAAGAUGUGCGAGGUGGCUGCCGAGAUGGCGCGAAACCUGUUCGACGACGACGGCAACAGCCUGUGGCCCGAGUUCCUGAGCUUCCUGUUCGAGUGCGCCAGCUCGCAGAACGCCCAGCAGCGCGAGUGUGCUCUGCUGCUCUUCAGCUACGUUCCUGGUGUGUUCGGUAACCAGCAGAAGCGCUACCUGGAGGUCAUCAAAAACAUGCUGCAGCAGAGUCUCAGCGACGCCAGCAGCUACAAGUGCCGCUUCUUGGCGUACAAGGCCACCGCCCAGUUCAUCGUGGAUAAUGCUGAGCUGUCGACCGAUAAGCCAGAUGUGAAGGAGAACUACAAAGACAUCCAGCGCACCUUCUCGGAGCUGCUGCCGCCCAUGGUCCAGGUUCUUCAGGAGAGUAUCGCCAAGGGUGAGGACAAUGUGCUGCUACAGACCACCAUCACACUCGCCGAGAUGGCGCCCAAGCUGCUUCGGCCGCAGCUGGACGCCAUCAUGCAGCUGUGUAUGAAGCUGAUGAGCGACCCGAACCAGGAGGAUGACUGGCGCCAGCUCGGAAUGGAGAUCAUCGUCACACUGGCCGAGGAGGCGUCCGCCAUGUUCCGCAAACACUGCGCCGGAUACCUCCCGCUGUUGGUGCCCGAGAUGCUGAAGAUGAUGUCAGAGAUCGAGGAAGACGACGAUUGGGCCACCAACGACGACAGCGCCGACGAUGACAGCGACAGUAACUAUAUCGUGGCCGAGUCGGAUCUGGACCGGCUGGCGUUCGGCCUGGGCGGCAAGGUGAUGACAAACCUGAUCCUGAGCAACGUCCAGCAGCUACUCGUCUCUGCCGACUGGAAACACAGGCACGCGGCGCUGUCGGCCGUCUCCACCAUCGGCGAGGGCUGUCGGAAGCAGAUGGAGCCUCUGCUGCCUCCCAUCAUUUCUGGCGUGGUCAACUUCCUCAAGGACGUGCACCCCCGCGUACGGCACGCGGCCUGCACCUGCCUAGGCCAGAUGUCAGAAGACUUCGGCCCGGCGUUCCAGCGCAAAUUCCACGCCCAGGUGGUGCCGGGACUGCUCUGCGCCCUCGAGGACUCGAGUAACCCGCGCGUCCAGGCCCAGGCCGCACUGGCGCUCAUCAACUUCAGUGGCAAGUGUCCAAAGGCCAUCCUCAUUACCUACUUAGAUGCUAUUUUCCCCAUUCUUGAACGAAUUAUGCAAGCGAAACUGAAGGAGCUGGUGGAGAAGGGCACCAAGAUGGUGCUGGAGAACGUCAUCACUACCAUCGCCUCGGUGGCCGGCACCGCCGAGGAAAAGUUCCUCGUCUACUACAACAGGUUUAUGCCCUGUCUGAAGUACAUCAUUGAGAACGCCACCACUCAGGAGCUGCGCCUGCUGCGGGGGAAGGCUAUCGAGUGCGUCAGUCUCAUCGGCCUGGCCGUCGGAAAAGAAAAGUUCCUUCCGGACGCGGCCAGUGUGAUGGACCUGCUGCUCAAGGCGCAGACCAGUGGAGAGGAGUUCGCCACCGACGACCCCCAGGUGCCCUACCUGGUCUCCGCCUGGGCUCGUAUGUGCACCAUCAUGGGCAAACAGUUUGCCGUGUACCUGCCUCUGGUGAUGGGACCGGUGAUGCAGAUGGCCUCUGCCAAACCCGAGUGGGCGCUGCUCUCGGACGAGGACCGCGAGGUUCUCAACGGAGACCAGGAGUGGGAACUGCACAACUUUGGCGAGAACCAGAACUUCGCCGUCCGAACGUCCGUUCUGGAGGACAAGAGCACGGCGUGCGCCAUGCUGGUGUGCUACGCCCGCGAGCUGGACGAGGAGUUUGCCGAGUACACCCAGCAGGUGGCCGAGCUGAUGACCAGGCUGCUCAAGUUCUACUUCCACGAGGGCGUGCGGGUGUCGGCCGCCGAGAUCAUGCCCUUCCUGCUGCAGAGCGGCGCCGCCAAAGGCACCGAGUACGUGCAGCAGAUGUGGUCGUUCAUCGUUCCCGAGCUGCUGCAGGCACUCAAACUGGAGCCGAACGUCUCCGUCAUCCCCGAGCACAUGCAGUCGCUGGCUAAGUGUAUAGAGACGCUCAACUGUCCCUGUCUCACGGACGAACAGAUGCGCGAACUAUUCACCAUCUUCAACGAACAGUUUGAGAAACACUUUGAGAAGUCGUCUGAGCGGGACGAAAAGAGGAGAGACGAGGAUUACGACGAGGAGGUAGAGGAGGAGCUGAUUGACGAGGACGAUGAGUACACGUUCAUCAUUUCCAGGAUCGCCGACGUCCUGCACUCGCUGUUCUCCGUCUACCGCGACCAGCUGUUCCCGCUCUUCGACAGCAUCGUGCCGCACCUCGUCAAACUCAUGGGCCCGGAGCGGGCGUGGACGGAGCGCCAGUGGUCGCUGUGCAUCUGGGAUGACGUCAUAGAGUUCUGCAGUCCCGCCUCGAUCAAGUACUCGCAGUACUUCCUGCAGCCCAUGGUCCAGUACAUCACUGAUCCUCAGCCGGAGGUGUGCCAGGCGGCGGCGUACGGCUGCGGCGUGCUGGGCCAGUGCGGCGGGCCCGAGUACAGCAAGGUGUGCGCCGAGGCCAUCCCGCGGCUCGUGGAGGCCAUCCAGCGGCCAGACAGCCGCUCGCCAGAGUGGAUCAGCCCCACCGAGAACGCCAUCUCGGCCGUCACCAAGAUCCUCAAAUACAACGCGGCCGACAUCAACGUGGCCGACGUGAUACCCGUGUGGUUUAGCUGGCUGCCCGUGUGGCAGGACUCGGACGAGGUGCCCUACGUCUACAACUACCUGUGCGACCUGGUCGAGGCCAAUCAGCCGGCCGUGCUCGGACCCAACAACAUGAACCUGCCGCGCAUCAUCGCCGUCAUUGCCGAGGCGUUCGCGCGCAACGCCGUAGAGGCCGGCGACCCGACCGGCGUGCGGCUGCUCAACCUCGUCAAACAGAUCCAGGGUAACACGGAGCUCUUCACGGCGUGUCUGAGCCAACUGAGCGACCAGCAGCGCGAGGCACUGCACGAGGCGCUGGUGACGCCGCCGGCUGCCGCCCAGUAGCGCCGGCCGCGCCGGGCGGGGAGGGGCGGGACGGGACGUGGGCGGGAGGCUACCCUUUGAUCUGUGAGAGCUGGGUUCCUGUGACGUGAUAUCGCUGUGCCGGCGACCGAACCAAACGCUGGCGGGCGGGCAGAUGCGCGUGUAUUACGCGCUAGCCGUUUUAUGUAUAUACAUUGGUCUUACAGCUAAUACACUUGAUCCCUAGGCUA